AUGGCUCCCACCAACAUCGUCCUCAUGAACAUGAACAUGUCUCUUUCCGCCCGCUCUCGUCCGGACAACUACGACAACCCCAAAAGAGAAGAACUCCUCGGCCGGUAUCUUUUCGGCUGGGCGCUGGUUGCUCUUGUUAUUGUCUUUCUAGCAGUGGUAUUUGCAAAAUACAAGAAAAAGCUCACGCCCAAAUUACACAAAUGUAAGGAGAAUCUGGAGUUUCUGGGAGACAAGAUGCCGUGGACGUCUCUGAGGGGCUCCAAGUCGGCUUAUGUGGCUAAUCACCACAUCGUGGAGGUUUUGGAGGUGGAUCGCAUUACUGCGGAUCUUAUUCCUGAGUACCUCAAGAAGACUGCUGCCGUCAUGGGGUGUAUUUAG